AUGGUUUUGAUUAUCCUCUCGGGUAACUACAACUUCUUCAACAUCCUGAUCAUUGUGAUUUGUAUUCCUAUGCUGGAACGAGGACGCCAUGUGGAAUGGUUUUCGUCAAGGACUGACAUGUUCCUAUCGCUCAUUAUUGGAAUUGUUCUUACUGCUCACUAUAUGUACUGGUUUGAUGUGAAACUGGACAUUCCUGGAUUACAAGUUACUACUGAAAUAGCUUUCAACAGACAACAACUCGAUGCUAUUGUUACAAAAACCACAUACUUCGUAGUAUGUUUGGGCAUCUUCAUGUUUGCUGUAACAGUGACCUAUGCUAUUUAUAAGUAA